AUGAUUGAUGGCAUCAUGAGUUUUGAUGUUACGUCAGAAAAAUUUGAUCACAUAAAACUACCAGAGUUACCACCAAACAUUGUCAUGCGUAAAAGGCUGACAACCUACGAGGGAAGGCUUGCAUUCUUUUACUCUGGAACGCAUCAUGAUUAUGGCAUCAAAUUGUGGGUUCUAGAGGAUGCUGUGAAACAUGAAUGGUCAAAACACUUGUACGUUCCACCUCCAUUACUUGGCCAUAAUUAUGAUGACUGUAGUGCCUUUGGUUUUACUGAUGGAGGUGAAUUUGUUUUGGCACCCAGACUGGUUUGUGGUACUAAAAAACCAUUUUAUGUUGUCUACUUUGAUAUCAAGAAAAAUGCUGUGAGAAGAGUCGUCAUAGAAGGAAUAUGCUCAGAACUGGAUGGGGCACCAUUGUGCAUCACACAAUCUAUCUUCCCUGGUCAGAUUGAUAAUCCCAUGUUUCUCUAA